AUGAGCCCGCAGACUAAGCCGAUUACGCAGACCAGAAAGAAGGCAGCUGCGGCUAUGAUUAUGAUAGACACUCUUGAAGGAUUCUUUAAGGCUACAUACCCUGUAGUUAAAAUUGAAUUGAUGAUGGUGGAGUUUGGGAAUGUGGAUGUCUCUAUGGUUACUUCAGAAGUAAACGUUGUUGAGCUUAACCAGCUAAUAGACGUUGUAGGUGUAGUUGAGGAGGAGAGCAGUGUUGUUGAGCUUUCUAAGGCGGACGUAGGCACUCCACCACUUUUUGCAGAUGGAAGCUCUGUUGGGCUUGUGAAGAUAGAAGUUGAAUUUGCCAAAGUAGUAGAUGGGGCAGAACUUGAAGAGAAAAGCGCUAUAGAAGUUGAAUUUGCCAAAGUAGUAGAUGGGGCAGAACUUGAAGAGAAAAGCGCUGUUGAGCUCACCAGGCUAUUUGAAUGUGAAGAGUCUAAAAUAGCAGAUGCUUGCAUGUGUCGUCGAAGUGAGAGGUGCAGUUACAAAAAAUGAGC